AUCGAAAGUAGCUUACAUGUAAUAAGUUAUUUUCGUUUAAGUUAAAUCUCCCUUCGCUGUAAUAAUUUUGAUCACUUUGUACUUCUGUUUCAAAAUGGCAUUGGAUGGUCUUUUACGGAGCAAACUAAGAAAGGUUAGUAUCCAAAUAUAAUAAAUUGGCUAUUAUCGAGGCCUGUCAUGCAAGCCAUUGGCACUUUAAUAUUCGCGCGUUAGAAGUGAUUUGUCCACUCCGGUGGAUAGCGCUUGCAAAUCUGUUUACCGAUCCGUAAGCAACCACGACGACGACCGGGGACGACGACAACGACAACGUCCACAAAACAAUUGGUUUUAUGAGAAAAAUAACACUGAGCUCUGCACUUUUUUAGACCCUCUUUUUAGUACAUUUCUUUCACGUCCACUGCACGGCUACGACGUGAAAUCCAUCCGGCUCCUAUAAUCAUCAUGCGACGAUUUAUAGAGGACAUACAUACGACAGUGCCUUUCACUUUCUCUUUUUGAAUCUGCAUAAACCUGAGGAAAUUCAACUGCAGGAAAAGUCGCCUACUUUUCACGAAUUGGGCGGGUUCAAAUGUGAAGGGACGCAAAUUCCCUUUUUUUUUUGGUGACGUUUUCACCUAAGAGGCAUCAUGAAACCCUCCUUUCACUUAUCACGAAGGCAGUAGCCGAUGGCCAAGGUAGUCACCGCCGGCCCCAGUGCCGAGUAGUUGCGUGACCAUCGCAAAGUGAGUGUCUUUCUUUUUCGUUUCUGAGAGGAUAGAACAGAAGCCCAUUGGCUAUAUAGUCUGGUCUUCAAAUUAAACGAAGCUUGAAAUUGAGUUUUGAUCAAACGAAACUGCAACAACAGACAUAUAUUGCGUUAUAUUAAACUUGCAAACUGGUGCAUUCUCAUCGCAAAACUAUUAGUGACAAUACUGACAUUACUAUAAGAAACCCUAAAACUUCGAACACAUCUAGCUCGCGAAACAGUCAUUUCCUUGGUGGAGAGUUGGGGAGCAUGGUGAUGAAGCAAGAGGAGAAGCAAAAACAGAAGCGGAAUGGACUGUUAUUGCCUUCGUUUUGUUUAUCAUUACUAUUUUUAUUAUUAUUAUUAUUAUUAUUAUUAUUAUUAUUAUUAUUAUUAUAAGAUAAUAUCUUGAGUGUUAAGGGUGUGCAUUGCGGGGAAUCCCAGUAUGAUUGCUUCACUGCCACUAGAAAGUCCCAACGAUAAUGCGAUAAUGCGAUAAUGCGCUUUACAAUUCAUUGCUUAAUCGCAAAAAAAAGAAAAAGAAAUUAAUGACUUACAAACAACCUCUUCUAAUACUUCUAUAGCCUCACCCGCAGGUGUCUGAGGUAAAACGCCUAGGGAAGAUCACCAGGUCGUAUGGCCUCCGACCCAACUCAUCAUAAGGGCUGCCGCCAUAACCCUGGGGGCGUGGGAUCCCGCUCAUCUAGCCUCAAACUUGCAAUAGUCAUGACAAAUUGUAUAAUUCAUAAACUGAACGGGAUUUUACGACAUGCUCAACUGGGAGCUGGGUGUCAUAGAUAAGUUUUUAAUCUAAUGGUUUUUCUUUGCUUGUUUUUAUCACGUGACACUCUCGAGAAAGUUCGACAAGCUUAAUUUGAAUAGCAAGAAAUGGUCAUUACCUUAAAUUUAAGCUCGUGUUUUGUUUCUCAAACAAGGCUACCUGAAGCUUGUUUUCAGGUAAAAGUUUCUUUUAUUUGUUUUAUUUUAUCAGUAUAAGAAUGCAGAAUUGUGUCGACAAGAUUGUGCAAGAGCACUCCAUCAAUACAACAACCUAACACCUGAUCUGCAAAAGUUCGGUAAGAAAGCUCCUCAUUGUUAUUAUAUCUACGGAUAGCUUGCUGCGAAGGUUCUUUGAACUUCCUAAAGUCAAAAAAACGUGUUUGAAGCUGUCUAGAGUGCUUUCAAAGCUAUUCAGGAUAGACUGGAAUAUAUUCUGAAUCUGUAUUCUUAAUCCGUUUUUAUCGGUUUGGUCAUCCUACGACUAGGUGCAAACUGAAGCCUUUUCGAGCGAUAAGUGGGGCUUUCAUGCCAUUAUUUUCUUGAAAAUCUUAGAUGCUGCGAAUGCACUUUGGUAACUCAGAGGAGCUGUCUCUGAUCGCUCCCCACCGCUGGGAGCGAUCAAAGGUGGCUCAGUUCUUCCAUUUGUGGAUCCCCAGCAAGGAAGAAUUAGUCUAGCAGUGGCGGAUCAAGGGGAGGGGCCCAGGGAGCCCGGUCCCCGUCCCCUUUAUUUUUAGACCAAACUGAGGCCCGAAGGGCCCAAAAAAAUUUUUUGGGAGACCGCCCCCACCCCCCACCCCCUUAUCUUAAGGUCUGGAUCCGGCACUGUCUAGUUCUCUCUUGACCCUAGUUAUAAAAUGUAGCACAAGUAAAUAAUUGCUGAUGACACAACAUAACGGUUACUUAUGAUGCCUUUGCAGUUCAUAAUGAUGGCAGAGAAAGUGAAUUACUGGCUUUGGAUGGAACACUUCCCGUCUCAAUUAGAGGUAGAACUGACUAAACAGAUUGCCCUAUUAACCGCGAAAAAAGCUACCUUUUCCAGAUCAGUAUGUUUUUUUUUUUCGCUUUUCGUACACUCAAAUGAACCUUUCCUUUAUUAGCAACCACGGUUCCUAAUAGUUCUGCACAGCUAAUCUACACCAUCGCCUGAUGAAGAUCAGCCGAGACUACGUGACUGGUUGAAACGUCGCGAUGAAAAAAACACAACAAGUCAAUAUCGUAUUAAAGAUAAACGACAGUGAAAUGCGUUCCAUGCACUUAAAAAGAUGAAUAAUAUGAUUCACUAUAUAUAAUUUUUAUUUCAGUUUUAUUAUCAUUGGUUUUCCUUAUUUAAUUGCCGCAUCACACUGCAUCACUUUUACAUGUUCUUUUAGUUUACUCAAGAUUUACGAAACGUUCUGAUUUUAGCAAGCUCAUCUGACCUUUACGAAGCCCCGACCGCAUCAUCGUGCAUGUUCAAAGUAUUCACAUGCAAUGCAGUUGGUUUUGCGCAUAAUAUGGCACGGUAGGAAACUGUCCUUGUGGACCUGACAAACAUAAUUUUUUGCCCUUAUAUUUCAUACCUAACAUUAUCGAAAUAUCAACCUCAAAACGGAGCACAAAAUUUACUACAAUUCUGAGUUGAAUCAUAUCAUGUGGUGGUUCAAUUUUAUCCUUGGUUUAAAUUUUAUUUCCCUUUUUUUAAACUCAUUGCCAUACAUUAACAUACCCCAAAAUUAAACAAAGGGAAAUAAAGUUCAAACCAAAGAUAAAAGUGAACCACAACAUAUAUUGUUUUUUUAAAAUUAUAGGUGUAACAUACAACAUUCCAGUGUGUGUGUGGCUGCAGGAGAAUCAUCCACAUGUUCCUCCUUUGGUAUUUGUUAAACCCACCAGCAGCAUGGCUAUCAAACCAUCACAUCAUGUGGACACAAACGGCAAAGUUUAUCUUCCUUUCCUGCAUGAGUGGUCUUAUGUAUGUGAAUUGUGCGAGAUUCCCGUUAUGCCUUUAUAUGACGAAACUAAAGCAUGAAACAUUGUUAAGUUUUCUUUACAUGUAUAUGAAGUGCUUUGUGCGCACGUUGACCGGUUGGGCACCCACAAAAAUAGAGAGGAGAAGUGAUGACGUCACAAAAUUUAAUUUGUGAAAUUAUGGGAUAUGUUGGCUCAUCUAAAAACAAAAAGAUGAAAAUGUUCACCUGCUAAAAAAAACGAGCCGAGCCUGUUUAAGUGCAAAUUGGUUGGGAGAUAUAAACACCGUUGUACUCCGAUGACUUCACAUAGAUCCUUUCAAAUCAUAAGCGUUACGAUCCAAAUUUGAAUUUUUAUGAAGUCACACCCCUCGUCUCCUAGACCUUAGGAAAAGCUUUCCUACCCAUGGUGUUUUUUUUUUCAUGGUGUUUCGCUUGGAGGCAUUGGCGGUAGCUCCGCUGCAAGAAAAGUCAGUAUUUUAUGCCACCUAGGAACGUCGACGAAUGUCAUACGGAAAGUACUUUCUUUUAUAUUCAUCGGAGGUUUUUUGCAAGUUUUUUUGUAUUCUUAACAUUUGCACAUGUGGUCCAAAUAAAUUUUUUCUUUUGUUUUAUGUGUUUGAAAUGCCACUGAUCACGAGCUUCUGUGGAAUCAGCCCUUCAAACCAUUGGCAAAAAAUUGUGAUUGAUUAUUCACUAUUCGCUGCAGGCUGUGGUGAUUAAUUCUUCUCUGCAAUGUGGGCAACAAAUCAAAUAUCGGAUUCGUUGCUGUUUCAAUUAUAUAAUGAAACGGCCUUGCAAAGAUAGAGUAAUUUUAAUGCAAUAAAGGUCAGCAUCUUCCAGUUUUUAAGAAAUCAGAGCAUGGCAUUGACAACUGGUAAAUAGCUUAGGUCCUUCUUUGGAGGAAUCAGUUUUACCGAUCACUCAUGCACUUCAGCGUCAGACUCCCUUUAAUUGAACAAAGUGAAUUUUACGCAAAUUUGAUGUAUCGCGAAUCCAGCCCCGGUUAGGCGGGUAACCCCACCUUGAAACGUUUACAUGCAAAAUUAGACCCGAGCUGAGAGAGUGACCCUCUAUGGCAGAUUCGGCUACCCGCCUUGGAGGGUCACCCCACCUGACAUGUAAACGUGAUCAAUUAAAAAAGAGUGAUUAUAUGGACAAGCGGGUUACCCCACCUCCAUGUAAACAGGCCCUAAGACAAUUACAGGCCGGCUAGUAAAUAACUUUACGAUAUAUUUAAUACUUUUUUGUUUUUAUUUUUUCAGCCAAAGUCUGAUCUUGCUGCAUUGCUUCAGGUUCUCUGCUGUAUUUUUUCUGAAAGUCCACCGGUGUAUUCCAAACUAGCACAACCCCAGCCACAGGCUGCUCAUCAGCCGACAUCAACAGGGUACUGUUAAAAUAGCCUAUCUAGUACUUUUACACUCUGACAACUGUUUGUCCUGUAGGAAAUUUCUGGGUGAUACACCUAGCCUGUGUACCUGGCCUUUUUCUUUGGUGAGUGGAGUGUGAGCUUACGGCGAACCCACAAAAAUGAGCGUCGAAACCAGAAAAAGGAGCAACAAAGCCGCGAGAACGAGCGGCAAAGCCACGAAAAUGAGCAACGUAGCCACGACAAUGAUCGACGAAGCCUUGAAUAUGAGCGAGGAAGCGGCAAAAAUGAGCGGCGGAGCAGCGAGUAGGUUUCUCGUUGUUCCGUCUCAUUCUCCUCGUGGCUUCGCCACUCGCUUGUUGCCUUCCCCUUACAAAACCGCCAGGUACGUAGGCUACGAUACACCAACCACCAUGAUAACCUACACAAAUGGAAUGUAACAUGUUAUUGCGAUUAUCGACUGACACGAUCGAGACAAACCAACCAUUUUUGAAGUGAAAAAGGCGAGUACCUCUUUGAAUAUUUGGAUAUCCCAAAUGAGCGAAGCUCGUACCAGUUCACUUUCAUCAAGUUUUGCCAUUUGAAUGUUAUUGCAGUUCAACUUUUGCCCAAACAAGUUUAUAUCGCAAUUCAAAAAAAAUCUUCGUCAAUUCCUUAGAGAUUGCUACGGAGGCUAAUGAAAAAUACAUGUAGUUUGUCCGCGUAAUCUGUACAAAAGCAAGUACUUGCGUAGAGUCAUUUUGUCCUUUUUUUUAUCCGAGUGACAUUGCCCUGGAGUCAUCGUCGUAGCUUCCUUAAGUCCGAUAGCUGCUUUUGUUAGCCGAAAAAGUGUUUUGUCUUGAAUUGGCUUCCCCAGCUUGUGGCCUUUGGAAGUUCUUUGGAGUUCUGGACAAAUAUGCGGAAGGAGAGGUGAAGGCCUGAAAUGCUGGAAUUAACCCGGGCAUUCCCUCAGAGAGUUUUGGCUGAAAAACGUCGUGCGAAGCGGAAGGUCCUCGAGCCUUCCUUUACUAGCCCGGAUUGUUGAACCUUUGGAUAGCGCUAUCAAGCGGAUAAAUCACUAUCCACCGGAUAAAUACCACGCAGAAACCAAUUGUUUUAUCCACUGGGGUGUGAUAGCGUUAUCUACGUUUUGAGCAACUGGAGCCUGGUCAUUAUCUCGCCAAACAAAAGAAACCAAAACUACCCAAACCUUUGUUUGCAAAUCGAGUAUAAUGCCAGUUAUUGUUUCUGAUGGUCAAUUACACCUUUCGGAGAUCCAGGAGGCAAAAUUUCGAGUCUUUGAGCAAACUUUACAUUUUCCUUCUCUUCUGCCCUCUGUUUUCUCUUCUUGUACCCUGUGUUAGGAUUUUUUCUCAAAAGCCCUAGGAAGUACGUAUAUACGAAGAGAGGAUAAGGGGACAGAGAAGGCAUCCCCCAUACACACCCUAUUCCAUAGGUAAUUCGUCUCGAGUUAUUUUUAACACCACAGGUCUCAAGGGGGAUUAGACAAAACCCAAUCACAUAGCGCGAAUGUGUUCCGCGUGGAUGACCCACGCUCAGAGGCACGCGUCCUUCACGAAUUGACGCAGAACAAAAUGGCGGAAGACGCGGAGAGCGAUAUUGUUAUUCGUUUUGUCGACGAAAACGACUACAGAGAGAUUUCUGCUAAAGCUGUGUCAGCGAAACGGAAAUUUAAAAAGAAUCGCCCUUCCUCUCUUCUAUAGAGCUGACAGUACAGCAGGAAAUCCUUAACACACUGAGUAUUCCCUCAGGAUCAUUUAUAAUUUACAGUUUGAAGAGAGCUAUUUCUGGUUUGAUAUUUAUUCUUUUAUUAGUCUUUUAUUAUUCAACAACAAUAACACUUGGCGUCCUACUUGCUUUAUUGUACAAACGACCGGUUUCAAUAGACGGGCGAAAUUUCUCAUUUUAUUAAAGCACUGAGGUUACGACAACUUCAAGCUAAACUGAUUUCACGGGUUGACAAAAGAGUCCAGCGAUUCCCUUUUCCCAGGUAAGCGCCGACUAAUUUCCUUCAAUAUUCAGGAAUGCUCUCGAUCUCUUUACGCUUUCAUUGCCUUUCGCCCGACAUGUUUUGCACGGCGAUUAGUCAUGCAAAACCUCCACCAAACAUCCACGCAGCGCGCGAGGUAACUUUAUCCCGAUUCCAAAAAUAACUCGAGACGAAUUACCUAUGGAAUAGGGUGUGUAUGGGGGAUGCCUUCUCUGUCCCCUUUAUCCUCUCUUGGUAUAUACGCGUUAGUAGUGGAUGAAGAACAAAUUAAAAUUGUUACUGGAUUAGGACAAAAAUUCAUAUAACCUCGUUCUCAGCCUGUGUCUAAGAAAGAUGUCUGCUUCUUCUUUUAGAAUGGCAUUGGAUGUCAAACUACCAAAAGUUAGCACAACAACGGUGAAUCUGGAUGCUCCAUUAAGGAGCAGACUUGCAAAGGUUAGAAAAUCUGUGAACAGAUUGUGUUCGUUUACAAACUGGCUUUUACCCUGGCUUUAGUUAAGUGAUGAAGCAUGCUUCAUUGACAGAUUCAAAAGUUCUUAUUUGUUAAGCAGGACAGGGGUUGCGAGCCUGGGGGAAUAUGGUGCAGGAGGGCUGCUACGGGAGGCGGACGGAGGAAACGGCGGGUGGGUGGGAGUUCUAAAAGAAUGAGAAGUGGGAGAAAUAGGGGGGGAAAUACGCAACAAUGAUUAAUAUUUCGCAAUCGUAAAAGUGCACAAGGGAGGAAGACCAGUGAAGACGUUUAAGGAAAAAGGGGCGGAAGCCAGGAACGGCAUAGUACGAGAGGCAGGAGGCUUGGACCCCCCAUCCCCCGACCCCAUCCCCCACUUAUUUGGCCCCGUUUGUACCUACCUUGAACCCGAUUGAGCGAUCAUAAAUAGUUAAAAUCUAUCAUUCAAAAUGAAGUGUCGUGUUGCUUAAAGUUUAAAGUUAUUAUUUUUUAAAGCACUAGCGUACAGAGGAAACUGUCAUUGAAGAUAGGUCUUAGGAUCUGUCCUUGGUUAUUUUAUUUUAUCAGUAUAAGCAUGCAGAGUUGUGUCGCCAAGAUUGUGCAAGAGCGCUCCAUCGAUACAACAACCUCUCACCUGAUCUGCAAAAGUUCAGUAAGUACGCUGGUUUGCCUUUUGCCUACAUUACGUAAAAAUAAAAUAAAGAGAGCAGUGCUGGAUCCAGACCUUGAGAUAAGGAGUGGGGGACGGGGCCGUCAUCCAACCCUUAGAUAACGGAAGGCUCACUCUCCAAAGAAAAUUUUUUCCGCCCUUCGAGCCUCAGCUUGGUCUAAAAAUAAGGGGGGAACCGCCCCCCCCCCCCGGGUCCCUCCUCUGGAUCCGCCACUGGAGAGUGCAAUUCUGAAGGUAGGCCCGAUUCAAACGUCGUGCUACUGCCGUGCCGAAAUAAAUUGAUCGAAUUAAGUUCGACUUUGUUAGCACGGCAGUAGCUCCACGUUUGAAACCAAGUCGUGCUACACGGCAAGCUUUGCCGUGCCACUCGGCGGUAGCUCGACUUGGUUUCAAACGUCGCGCUAUUGCCGUGCCGAACUCAAUUCAUGAAUUAUAAAUACAAUAGAAUACAUUUAGAAAGUUUACUAAACCGUUUCUUUAUUUUUGUGUUUUGUUUUCGGCAACAGCCGUUCUAUUCGACUUAAUUAGAUUCUACGUCUGAAACCAAGUCGUGCUAGUGUCAUGCUGCAGUGGAGCUACAGUCGAGCCAGCUUAGCACGGCAGUAGCACAACGUUUAAAACAGGCCGUUCUGUUUUUGUAUUUCUGUAAAGCUAUUUAUUUUAAGCUUCAUUCAUCACGUCACCAAUUACGUCAUGACGAAAUCUGCUUGCAAUUGCGUAGUUGAUUGUAAUUUAAAAACAUGUAAGUAAAAACCCGAAAAAGUUUUUCCAAUGGCCGUUCACUGUAGAGUUACUCUUUUUCUUAUUUCUGGCGUUUUACAGGUAAAAGUGGUGCGCUUAAAGUUCAAUUUCAAUAAUUAUAAGAUAUAAUGAAUACUUAAUCAUAAGCAGGAAUAUAUUGUGUGAAUAAUAUUAUGAUUUCUUCGACAGUACAUAAUGACGGCAGAGAAACUGAAUUACUCGCUUUGGAUGGAACUCUUCCAGUAGUGAUUAGAGGUAAAAUUAAACUGAAAGUCUCAGCUAGGUGUGGUCUUUUCUUGAGUAUACUACACUUACUUUAAAGCGUUGCGCAAACGGACGCGUCCGUUUGCACAUCCGUGUUGUUGGGACUUGUUUCGCGAAGUUAGAAACCGGUCACACGUUUAGCUACGUGAAAACGGACGCAACAACUCCCAACCAAAUGUUGGGAGUUAUUGUGUCCGUUAUUGUGUAUGUUGAUCAAUUUUUUCACAAUUGCAGGUGUAGCAUACAACAUUCCAGUGUGUAUAUGGCUGCAAGAAAGUCACCCGAAAGUUGCCCCUUUGGUGUUUGUUAAACCCACCAGCAGCAUGGCUAUCAAACCAUCGCAUCAUGUGGACACAAACGGCAAAGUUUAUCUUCCUUUCCUACACGAAUGGUCUUAUGUAUGUGACGUUAAGUAUCCUUAUUCAGCUAUAAUGAGUGUUCUUAAAAGAACAAAAUAGAGUAUAAAUGGGUCGCUAGACAAUUGUAGGAUCCGGUGAAGUUCUCCUUUACACAAAAAGCUAUGCAUGGAUGUACGUCGCAAAGGGUAUAAUGUUUUUAUCCCUUUGGUCUGAAAUUUCUUUCAGGUUUGAAACUUUUAGGUAUGAUAUAUAGUAAGCUUUUUUGGUCUCUUUCUUUCAUCAUUUGCCACUCUGAAGAGGGGUUCAGGUUUGAAAUACGGUAAGGAAAAUCUGACUAAGAAUACUUUUAAAGAAGCAUGCCCGCCCAAUCCGCCCGCCCCUACCCGAAGUUACCCUAAUUUAACUCUGGAUAAAUUCCGGGUCAGUCACAAUGCAAUUCACACAUAGAAACACAUCCACAUACUGACACACACAAAGCUACAAAGUUACAUACGCUCAGGCCAUUGACUUGUGAGCUAAUCGCCUAAUUUUUCAGAAAACAAAAUAAAUGGGAUUCUUAUGGAGAAGAUAAUCGAUGAUCGUUUACCCUGCGAGCAGCAGUUUCCCCAGGCCGAACAGGAGAAACCACUGCUCGCGGGAUAAUGAUCGAUCGGUUGGGUAACUCUUAUAGACUUUAAAACUUUAAACUUUAAUCAGGUUCCAGGUUACAAAAUCAUUAGAAUACUAAAUACUGAUAAUCUGACUGGUAGGCUCAAAACAGAACACAAGAUUCCUUUAAAAAUAAGCCACCUGCUAUUAGAUGAAUAACCUAUCGAUUACACAAUUUUAAAAAGGAAUAAACAUACUGACUAUUAUUGCAAAUACUCCUACUAUUUUUUGAUGAUCGAUCAUAAAAUCUCAUCUGAUUCUCUACACUUACUCUCGAACUUUUGAAUAAUGCUGAUGUUUUAGUCUAUGCCAACUUUUGAGAGGUGUACAUUCUAUGCUUUAAACAAAUCAACCGUAAGUUGACGACAAAACAAGAAAAAGUCUUUUUGUACUUUUUUUAGUACUAUUUUUACAAAAUUAUAUUCUACAACAUUUUUUAACAUGUUUAAUGUUUUUAUAUUUCAGCCGAAAUCUGAUCUUGCAUCACUGCUUCAGAUCCUCUCCUGUGUGUUUGCUGAACAUCCACCUGUUUACUCUAAGGCUGCAUAGCUGACCUCCAACGGCGUGGUACCCCCCCGGUAUACAUAAAUAUAUACUAGGGACCUCAAGAUGCGAGGACGACGACGGCAGAGAAAACGUCGCUUAAAAGGGGAAUUCGCGUUUUAUCAAACUUCGUCGCAAUUAUUUCAAAUCACUUCGUAAAAUACAUGGAUUUGAAUCCCGAUGAGCCUUAUCCAAGUUCAGAAAGAGAAAGAAAAUUUCCUCGUUGCUUGUUUACUUCCUCCAUAAAACGUGACAUUAGGCAUUUUCAGGUCGUAGUCUUGCAGUGACGACAACGGGAGUACAAAAAAUCGUGUUGCACGUGCAAAGUUGUUGUUUUGCUACCUAUUCCUUUUUCGGAUGUUCUCGUGACGGUCGCCGUCAUAGGUUCCUACGUACUGUAUGAAUUAAGGGUACCGCUCCAAUAAGUUGCUGCUAUUAACCAAGCUGCUACUAUUAUUAAAGGAUCGAGUUUUGCAAACCAGUUUGUAAAUGCAGUGCUCAUAUGACUGUAAAUUGUUGAUUGAAUUUAUAUAUAUAUUGCUGCUUUCUAAUAUCUGCCAGAAGUAGUCUGUGGGUCUCUAUAGAUUUAGCCGUGAAGAGGACUAAAGGCAAAACUCCGGUUAAUAAAUGUAUAAUCAAAGCUUCAAAUGUUAAACCUGUAACCAUUGCAAAGAAGUCACUUGGAGUGUCUGGAGUUGAACCUGCGACCAGUUGUAAACUAGUAACUUGUCAGCGGGCACUUUUAACAGAAAGUGUAAAAUUUCAUUAGUUUCUCCGUGGGGCUUACGAACGGGUGGACGGAUGGAAGUACGGUCACAUGACUAUCAAUAAAAUUUCUCCAACGGAUAGAUAACAAGAUUUUCUUAGCUAUGGGGCUCCGCUAAGCGCGCGUGUAGUGCGCGCGUGUAGUGUUAAUGUAUCGAUAAUGGAAAAUGCAAUACUCAAUAAAUUUGCUGGC